CCGACCCUGAACAUGGCAUCCAGUAACAUUAAGGAAAGGAAAACUUGCAUAGAAAUGAAGGGACCUUUAUUCCCAAACAAUGAGGCACAUACCAAAAUGGAAUCUGAAGAUGAAAUUUUAAACCUGGAAUCUGAGCAGAAAAUAAUGCCAAAAAAUAAGUCAGAAAACAAGCCUUCUAUAGAAUUAAUAUACUCAAUCAAUGACAAACCUUCAUGGUAUUUGUGUAUCAUUUUGGCACUCCAGCAUUAUAUUUUGGCGUUUGGAGGUAUAAUCGCCGUUCCAUUAAUACUCGCUGAGCCAUUAUGUGUCAAACAUGACAAUGCUGUGAAAAGCCAGCUUAUAAGCACAAUAUUCUUUGUAUCUGGAAUAUGCACAAUUCUUCAAACAACAAUUGGCACGAGACUUCCUAUUCUCCAAGGAGGUACAUUCAGCCUAAUCACACCAACUCUAGCAAUUUUAUCUUUGCCUCAGUGGAAAUGUCAAGACUCCGAAAUAGCUCCAUUCAAUGGAACUGAGAAAAACUUUACUGCUGAUCCAGAAUUAUGGCAAAGACGCAUGCGAGAAAUUCAAGGUGCAGUGAUUGUUGCCUCUACUCUUCAAAUAAUACUUGGGUUUUCUGGCUUAAUUGGAUUUUUGCUGAAGUUUAUUGGUCCUCUGUCCAUCACACCGACCAUAACGCUUAUUGGACUCUCUUUAUUUAAUGAAGCAGGGAAGAAAUGUGGUACUCAUUGGGGAAUUGCUGCUAUCACUAUGUUACUUAUUGGGGUUUUCUCACAAUACCUCAGAGAUAUAGAAUUACCUCUACUAACUUAUAGCAAAGGAAAAUUGAAGAUCAUCAAGUAUCCUGUUUUCAAAUUGUUUCCUGUUCUUCUGGGCAUGUGCUUGUCCUGGCUUAUCUGUUAUAUUUUAACAUAUUUCGAUGCAAUAUCAAAAAGUCCGACAAGUUAUGGAUAUGCUGCUAGAACCGAUAUAAAUUCUGAUGCCAUACUCAAUUCACCAUGGUUUCAUGUUCCAUAUCCAGGUCAAUGGGGAUGUCCUACUGUAAGCCUCUCUUCGGUACUAGGGAUGUUAUCUGGUGUGCUGUCUUCUACUAUAGAGUCGGUCGGAGAUUAUUACACGUGUGCAAGGUUAUCAGGAGCACCACUUCCACCUACUCAUGCAUUAAAUCGAGGGAUUGGGAUGGAGGGCAUUGGAUGCAUUUUGGCUGGUAUUUGGGGGACAGGAAAUGGAACAACAUCAUACAGCCAGAAUAUUGCAGCCUUGGGAAUUACUAAGGUUGGAAGUCGCACAGUUUUGCAAACUGCUGGAAUUCUACUAAUUAUUUUAGGGCUUUUCGGAAAAUUUGGAGCAAUUUUCAUUACUAUACCUGAGCCAGUCAUUGGUGGCAUGUUCAUGAUAAUGUUUGGCAUGAUUGCUGCUGUGGGCAUUUCAAAUCUUCAGUUUGUGGAUUUAAAUUCCUCCAGAAAUCUAUUUGUUCUGGGUUUUUCCUUAUUCAGUGGUCUUGUCAUUCCAACAUGGCUGGCAGACAAUCCAGGGGUUAUCGCUACAGGUAUAAAGGAAGUUGAUCAAACAUUAACCGUUCUUCUCACAACACAUAUGUUUGUUGGAGGAUUCUUUGGAUGUUUUUUGGAUAACACGAUUCCAGGUUCAGAUGAAGAAAGAGGAACCUCAGCUUGGUAUAAACAAAUGCAUGGAGACAAAACUAAUGGCAACAAAGGACAAUCUUGUUAUGAUCUGCCUUUUAUCACAAAAUACCUAAGAAAGCUUUCAUGGAGCCGAUACAUUCCAUUCUUACCAACAUUUCAGAUGGAGAAAAAUUAACACUCUUAUUGCUCUUUACCGUAUAUUCCUUUCACUUAUUAAGCAAUGCAAGUGAUGUUCUUUCAUUUAACAUACUAACUAAGUGCCAGAGGAGUAAGUAGUAAGACAUUCAUUUAUAAUUAAUUGUUCAUCCUUUGGGCAUUUCACUGAGAUUUGCCUUUAAAAGCAUUGAUUAAUGUAUUUCUGCUUUGAAAUAUACUUUU